CGCACGCAGGAAGAUUGAGAAACUGCUUCCAUCUGGAAACGCAGGGAGAGAAGGAGGGUUGACUCGACACAGUCACCGGCGGUAAGACACACACAUCCUUCUUGCGAUACAUCGCACCGGUUAUCAUCAUUCCGACUGUUGGAGGAGCAGAGCGAACGUGCGCGCAGAGCAGCUGCACCUGACUGAUCGUGGACAUACCUCAGUUUUAUUUCACCAGUCUUCAUUUAACAGUUGCCUUCGGUUCUUUCUUGAAGAAGGAAGAGAGAGGGGAAAAAUAAGUAAAUCAAGCGGGUCUUUAUGUUUUGCUUCAAUCCUGGGAGAGGACUUUGGCAAGGAGGACCAAUGCGUCUGGAGUGCUAAUACACAGACUGCUCUUGUUGGAUGUUGAUUGUUGGUCAGAGAGAAGAAGUGGUAGCGUUUAGCCGCUGUUGGGACCAUCACUGGACAACCGGUGUCGUCUUUGAAAGUGUUCGAAGAAUCGGAGCAGAAGAAAGAGUGGAAAAGUAUGACUUUGUGAUGAAUCUCAGAAGUCAAAUCCAGUGAGGUCUCCUCCUGUCCCCUCAACCCCUUUAGAGACCACACCAUCCAGUGGACACCAUUUCAAGGAUUCUCUCUGGAUUUUGAUACCCACAGGAGGGGUGUGAACAGGAAGGCCCAGAGGAAGUGGACAGUGUGGGCAGGAUGUGGGAUGGACUGAGACUACAAGUGUUCUUCUUGUGUUUGGGGGCCGCACUAUGGAGCGCUGCAGCAGCAGCGACAUACAGGGGCUCAGGUCCACGGGAGCGUGGCCACCGCCGCCAUCUCUCUUUACACAGACACAGAGAGAGAGGCAAAGAGGGCCAAGUGCUUCACCGCUCCAAACGAGGCUGGGUCUGGAACCAGUUCUUUGUCAUUGAGGAGUACACAGGCCCAGAUCCCGUCUUAGUAGGUCGGCUUCAUUCGGAUGUGGAUUCGGGAAAUGGAAACAUUAAAUACAUCCUUUCAGGGGAGGGAGCAGGCACUAUUUUUGUCAUCGAUGACAAAACGGGCAACAUUCAUGCCACAAAGACACUGGACAGAGAAGAACAGGCCCAGUACACCCUGACCGCCCAGGCUGUGGAUCGAGACACCAACAAACCCCUUGAGCCUCCCUCAGAGUUCAUUGUCAAGGUGCAGGACAUCAACGACAAUCCACCGGAGUUCCUUCACGGCCCUUACUAUGCACGAGUGGCUGAGAUGUCCAACGUUGGUACUUCAGUGAUAAAGGUCACAGCUACAGACGCAGAUGACCCUACAUACGGCAACAGUGCCAGGCUGGUCUAUAGCAUCCUGCAGGGCCAGCCUUAUUUUUCUGUGGAGCCACAAACAGGAAUCAUUCGAACAGCUCUUCCCAACAUGGACAGGGAGGCCAGGCAGGAAUACGAUGUCCUCAUCCAGGCCAAGGACAUGGGUGGACACAUGGGUGGUCUGUCAGGAACCACUCAGGUUAAAAUCACCCUGACUGAUGUCAAUGACAACCCUCCGAAGUUCGCUCAGGGUGUUUACGCCAUGGCGGUCUCAGAGGACAAGGUUCCCGGUGAGGAGGUGGGUCGAUUGAAGGCCAGAGAUCCUGAUCAGGCAGAGAACGGACUGGUGGAUUAUCGAAUCUUGGAGGGAGACGGCAUGAACCUCUUCGAGAUCACCAAGGAUUCGGAGACCCAGGAGGCAGUCAUCAAACUAAAGAAGACUGUGGACUUUGAGACCAAGCGAUCGUACACACUGAAGGUAGAAGCCUCCAACACACACAUUGACUCCCGUUUCGCUGCCUGGGGUCCAUACAAAGAUACGACCAUUGUGAAAAUAUCAGUAGAAGAUGCAGACGAGCCCCCGACCUUCAUGGCUCCCGGCUACAACUUUGAGGUGGAGGAAAACGCCCCGGCAGGCACUCUGGUUGGCCGUGUGCAUGCCAAAGACACCGACAUCAUGAACAACCCCAUCAGAUAUAUGAUCCCACGCUACACAGACUUGGAAGAGUUUUUCACCAUUAAUACUGAAGACGGCAUUAUUAAGACCACCAGGCCUUUAGAUCGGGAAGCACAGGCUUGGCACAACAUCUCCGUCAGUGCUACAGAGAUUGGUGGCCAUCACCAAGAUGCAAAAGUACGAGUCAAUAUCAAAGUCAAAGAUGUGAAUGACAAUGCUCCAGAAUUUGCCGCUCAAAACGAAGUGCUUGUCUGUGAGAAUGUCAGCCCUGGAAAGCUCAUUGAGACAGUUAGUGCUACGGAUAAGGACGAAAUGGCCCACCGCCAGCACUUCCACUUCAGCCUGGCCCCUGAGGUCGCUAACAACCACAGUUUCUCCCUCAAGGACAACAGAGAUAGCACUGCUAGCAUCUUUGUGAUCCGGAAGGGCUUCAGCAGAAUGACCCAGGAUGUGUAUCACCUUCCCAUCGAGAUCAAUGACAACGGCGUACCCCCGAUGAGCAGCACCAAUACUCUUAUAAUCCGAGUGUGCAGCUGCGACAGCAAAGACACCAUCCUCUCCUGCAAUGUCGAACCUUUCAUCCUCUCUGCAGGGCUCAGCACCGGAGCUCUGAUUGCCAUUUUGGCCUGUAUUGUUAUUCUACUAGCGAUUGUGGUGCUGUUUGUGGCCCUGCGACGCCAGAAAAAGGAGCCUUUGAUCGUAUUUGAGGAGGAAGACAUUCGGGAGAACAUCAUCACCUAUGAUGAUGAGGGAGGUGGCGAGGAGGACACAGAGGCAUUUGACAUCGCCACCUUACAGAAUCCAGACGGUGCCAAUGGGUUCCUGCCCCGUAAGGACAUCAAGCCCGAGCUGCAGUAUCCCAUGUGCCCUGGCCUGAGGCCCAUUGGCAACAGCGUAGACGUGGAUGAUUUCAUCAAAACGCGGAUUUCUGACGCGGACAAUGACCCCACAGCGCCCCCGUAUGACUCCAUUCAGAUCUACGGUUAUGAAGGUAGAGGCUCUAUCGCUGGCUCUCUGAGUUCCUUGGAGUCGGUGACCACAGAUUCAGACCUGGACUACGACUACCUCCAAAGCUGGGGGCCGCGCUUCAAGAAACUUGCCGAUCUUUACGGCACGAAAGACUCGGCUGAUGACAACUCUUAACAUUCGCUCAAAUAAGUCAUUUUUCAUCUCCCUCCACCCGGCCCUCCUCCACUAACUGUGUGUUUUGUGAAGUUUACUAUAAGUAUUCCAUGAGUUUUUCACUUUAUAGUAAACUUUAGGCUGUUUGUUAGUAUACGCGCAGUAUACUAGAUGCUGGGAGUGUCAUAGGUACGAUCACAAUGUGCUAUGGGGGGAGUCAGAAGGGUAGAAAUAUAUAUUUUUUGUCAAAAACAAAAUAAAACAACAACAACAACAACAAAAAAGAUAAAAGACACAUAGACACAUCUGUGGUGGAUGUGUCUCUGUGGAGUGUAUGAAAUAAGGAAAUAUGUGACAAUGUUGUUUAAGAACUGAAGAACAUUACGUUUCACUAUUGAUGUUUGUAGGUUCCUACAGGUUUGAGGUUAUGGAUGUGGAUCACAGAGAGACAUGGAUUUGCUGAUACUGUGAACGAGCUCACGAAGAAAUAAAAACAAAAACAGUUGCCUUAUUAAUAAUCUGGAGCGAACGUCAGCAAAUUAAGACUUCUGUAACUUCUGUAGCGCCUCCAUAUUGUCUUUGGAGAUAUUGUCCAAACAGGUCCUCUUGUUU